AUGCUAGUGGGUAUCCAAAAUCAAGAUAUCCACCUCGAGAACCUCGAGAACAUCGGCGGACGAGCAGAAGCGCGCAUGCAGCUCUCGUGUACCUCUCCAUCCAGCAGCGAUCAUCCCCAACCUGCCGACCACACCGCCGACGCCGCCACCGUCGCGGCCCUAUCUGUGGACGGCCCGCCCUUACGGCUGAUAGUCUUUGCGCGCGCAUUCCGUGCCAUCUGGGUGCUCAAGCGCUGGGCUUUCCGGGCGGCCGAGCGGCGAGCGAGCAGCCGGCGGCAUGCGAGACGGCCGCCCGGCGCGGCAGAGCGGCUGCGGCAGCGGCUCAGACUGUACGGCAUGCAGAUGCUGCGUAUUGCUGGCGACGGCUUCUGCGACGACUUUGGAGCCUACCUGCGCCGGAUGCAGCGCAACCGCACGUGGGGCGACGAGCUCACGCUGCGCGCUGCCAGCGAGGCGCUCGCCGAGAUCGCCCGAGAUCGCGCGAGAUCGCGCGAGAUCGCGCGAGAGAGAGCGCUCGGCGCGUCAUUGCACGUGGUGACCUCGACCGAGUUCAACCCCUACCUCGUCUACACGCCCUCGGAGCAAAAGAUGGACAAGCAGGCCUCCGCACCACCGACGCGCGGCAAGCGUAAACAGCGCCAGUGCCCCAAGCCGCGACUCGAGCCGGCAAGCGGAGGCGAGCGACGAGCGUCGGCGGAGGCGGCGUGA